CAGAAUAAGUAGAGAUAAGGAAGAAAGAAACCACAUGUGAAGCAGUUAGUGAUCACUGGCUGCUGAGUCUUGGUAAGAGUCCCAUAAGGCGAAGGGGAGGGUGGAAGUUAAAUGUGCAUUACAAGAUGAGAUAUGUCAAGCAUUCAUGAGACAAUAUUAGGUGGUGGAGAACACUGAAGAAAUAUUUUAAGAGUACCAGAGAAUGGUGGAUAAUGGUGAAGAAGAGGAUGGGAGAAUUCUUCAGGAAGGAAAGCUGAAGAACUCCGGGGAAAAGAAUGAAAGAGCUAAGAGAGCUACAAAGUGAUACAGAAGCUGCUAAAGGAAGCAGCAGAAGGAAGACAGUUAUGAGAACUAGAAGAAACAAAGCAAGAGAUAGAAAGCUGGUUUAGAGAUGAGAGAAAAUGUUUUUAGUACAAGCACUCUGGGUCUUGUAGGUCUUUGGUGAAGACACCAAACAAUUCUAAGUUCACCAUUUCCCAUACUAAGCCAUUCCAACCAUCCUCAGUGCUAUGAGAAUUGCAAUUUACUAUAAGAUUACAUGUCUCAAACUUCAACUACCAGCCACAGGAUAUUUUUAUGCUUUUGUCAGCAAGACUAAUAUUGAAAGACUGGGGUGGUGUUUUGAUCAUCACCACCAAUUUUUUGGUUGUUCUUUUUAGACAUGGACCGUGAUUAUGGACAUGGAGCCUAUGGUGGCCCAAGACCCAUGGACUCUUACUUAAACCAAUCAUAUGGGAUGGAUAGUCAUGGAGGAGGUGGCGGCAGCGGAGGAGGAGGUGGUGGCGGCAACAGGUUUGGACCUUAUGAGUCUUACGACUCCGGGUCUUCUCUGGGUGGGCGAGAUCUAUACAGAUCUGGCUAUGGUUAUAAUGAACCCGAACAAAGCCGCUUCGGAGGUAGUUAUGGUGGUCGAUUUGACAGCUCCUACCGGAAUAGCCUUGACUCUUUCGGAGGUAGAAACCAGGGCGGGUCUAGCUGGGAAGCACCUUACUCACGUUCAAAAUUGAGGCCUGGGUUUAUGGAGGACAGAGGAAGAGAGAGUUACUCUUCCUACAGCAGUUUUUCUUCACCCCAUAUGAAGCCUGCACCUGUAGGCUCUCGGGGGAGAGGAACGCCUGCUUAUCCUGAAAGUGGAUUUGGAAGCAGAAACUAUGAUGCUUUUGGAGGACCAUCAACAGGCAGAGGCCGAGGCCGAGGACCUAUGGGAGACUUUGGAGGCAUGCAUAGACCCGGAAUUGUUGUUGACUAUCAUAAUAAACCCAGUUCUGUAGCAUUUGCUGCAAGAGGAAUAAAGAGGAAAAUGAUUCCACAGCCAUAUAACAAACCUGGUGGGACGUUUAUCAAGAAACCCAAACUGACAAAACCUAUUAUGAAGAUGAACACAAAAAAUCUACCUAAUUCCAAGCCAGAUGUCAGAAGUGAAGAGGAAGAAAAGCGACGAAUUGAGGCAAGAAGAGAGAAACAAAGGCGAAGAAGGGAGAAAAACAGUGAAAAAUAUGGGGAUGGAUACAGAAUGGCAUUCACUUGUUCGUUUUGUAAAUUUCGAACAUUUGAAGAAAAAGAAAUUGAAUCUCACCUGGAAAGUGCUGCCCAUCAGGAAACAUUGGACCAUAUCCAGAAACAAACCAAAUUUGAUAAAGUAGUGAUGGAGUUUCUGCAUGAGUGCAUGGUGAAUAAAUUCAAGAAGACAGCUAUGCGCAAGCAACAAACCAGCAGUCAAUCUGAAAAUGUCCAAGCUGUUGAAAAAGAUAUAAUGGAAGGUGUUACUGCUGAUGACCACAUGAUGAAAGUAGAGACAGUUCAUUGUAGUGCUUGUAGUGUGUAUGUUCCUGCACUACACAGUUCCGUUCAACAGCACUUAAAAUCCCCUGAUCAUGCAAAAGGAAAACAAGCCUACAGAGAACAAAUAAAAAGGGAGAGUGUACUGACUGCUACUAGUAUCUUGAAUAACCCAAUAGUGAAAGCACGAUAUGAACUAUAUGUCAAGGGUGAAAAUCCUUUUGAAAAUAGUGAUCAAACUCAGGAGCAGCAGAUAGAGGAAGAAGACAAGGCUGAUGAGGCUGUUGAGGAAGAGGAGGAGGAGGAGGAGGAAGAAGAGGAAGAGGAGGAGGAAGAAGUGGAGGAGGAAGAGGAAGUAGAGGAAGAGGAGGAGGAAGAGGAGGAGGAAGAAACAGAAGAACAAACUGACUUCACCCUUGACCACACUGAAGAUAACUAAAUGCAAAAAAAAGAGAGAGAGAGAGAGAGAGAGAGAAAAUUGAAGUGGGGAAAACAUCUUUUUAUUUCUGUUCCAUAGUGGCAAACUGUAAGAUACUUUCAAAAUAGUUUCAAAUAAGAGAGUUGUGUAAAAACCCCCACCCUGUGCAUGCAUUCCAUUAUGUGGAGAAUUUUUGUUUGCCAUUCGUUUAAAAUGAAGUAGAUUAUUUAGUUAAUUUUUUUUUAUAGCAAGCCAACUAUUAGAGCUGAUUAAAAGUGGUGCUGUAUAUUUUUUUUAAGUUUCCUUUCUCUUACUUUGCUGUUAAAAAUUAGAUAUAUUCGUUUAUAGUCUAAUCACUUGAAAAAGGAAAACUCUUUGGGUUUAAAUAGAAUGCUGAAUGACAUAAAAUAUUAUGUGGCUCAUAAUAUUUACCCCUUAGUGCAAGGAUGGUUACAUUUUAAAAAUUGUGCUGUGAAUGUGGCUGGUUUUUGUUUUGUUUUUUUACUACAUUGCACGCUAUAUAUAUUAGUACGUGUUAUGCCUUGUAGCUUUUUGUGAUAAGAUGUAUCAGUUUGUAGCAAUAAAAUGUUUUAGAAAUGCCAGUGUUUUUACUGUCUGUAGAUAAACACUAGCAUAUUGAAUACAUAAAAACAAAAUUUCCCACUACAGAUUUCUCUAGCCCAGAGAUGCAAUACUAUCCUGUGGUGGGCUGGGGUGGAAUGGAAUAGAAUGACUCAGCAUAUGUCUGAUAUGAACGGGCACUAAGACCCAGCUGCCGCUGCCACUUCUUCCCACCACCCAGCUACCAGGAAUGGUAUGGGCUAAAUUCCAACCCCCUCCGCCGAAGCCCCUGCUGCCCAACUGUGAAACAGCUGUUUGGGCUGGAUCCAAAGUCUCCAUAGGUCAGAUUUGGCCCCUGGGUUAUAAAUUGCCAACCCCUUCUCUAACUCAAUUUAUGAACGUUU